AAGACGCCGAUACACAGCUGAUAUAAUAAUUGCUGCUCUCACAAUUUAGUGCUAAAUAUGGAUUCGAAUUUUAAGAAUUUUAAAUAUAUGCAGUUGCACCAAGUACUAUUAAAAUUACAACCCCUUAAACAGUACUAUGAUGAUAGCGGGCAUAAAAACACUUUCAAGACACAGGAAGAUGUGCAAAAGAUCUGUGGAGACUUUUUAAAGGCACUCAAAAAAGAUUUGAGUCUUGAGGAAAUAACGUCUUUAUAUUCCGCAGCCAUAAUGCUGCUUAUACUAGGAGAUCCUGAAAUACAAAAUCAGCGGCUCGAACUCUUGAACGAUUGUUUCAAUUAUUCAGACAUGUUAAAGCCAACAAUGAUUGAUUAUGCCACUCGUGAAUUACUUGAUAACUUAAAAUUCGCUGCAAGCCUUGCUGAGAACCAUACUGACUAUGAUUAUAUGCUUUAUUUAUUAUGGGCAAUACCGCAUAUAAUCACAGCAAGUGAAACGGGAAAAAUGAUAUCACUGGGCCUUUUACGCGCUUUUAUAGCCGAGUUGACGAGUUCGAGCCCAGUUGUCAUGCAUAUAUAUCGAAAUAUUUCAGAAGUCUGGCAAAUGUUUAAAACCCUAAAGGUGGAGGCAAUACUAGACGAAUGGACACUGAAAAAAACAUACACAUUGGUUAAGAGCUUUGCAUUAAUAUUGGCAGCAGCUGCGUUGAACAGUAACAAUGCGGCAUUAAAGCAAGCCGGGUACCGGGGCUUUGAGUUGCCCCAAGCAGAGACUUGCACUGAAAUUUCGGAGUGGUUCAAGAUCCUCAGAAACAAGCUAGAAGAGAAGCACAAGGCAGACAAAUGCAAAGCAGGCUUGAUGUUGGUACGCUUUAUUGACUUUAACAUACUAAACCUUUUACCGGAAGCUGGAAAUGAAAUAGCGUCGGAGGCUGGAAACGAAGCGGUGCGCAACAAAAGAAUAAGUUUUUAGGUUGUACAAUGCACACAUAUUUAUCAUGUUACAUAUAACACACAUAUUUAUGUUUAAAGCCAAAAUUAUUUAUACUUUUUUGCGCUUUUCCGCAUAGGGACAUCCACGGGCACCACCACACUGUUGUAGUAGUUAGAAGAGAUUCGAUUAAGAAAAUACAAUCCCACCAGGGAGAAUAGAAUACUAAAAGAAAAA